AUGGUCCAGCUCAAGACCGAACCGUGCUGCUGGAAGCUAGUCAAGUGGGUCAACGGUGUGCCACGCCUCAUCGGCCUCAUUGCGGCCCAUGUUGACGACUUCGUCAUUGCGGGCAACGAGGAGGACCCUGACUGGCUCAGUGUUGUGAACCGCUUCUACCAAAGCUACCGGUGGAGCCCCUGGGAGGUUGUCGACUACAACCACUGCGGUGUCGUCCUCAAAGAGGGUCACCGCGAAGUGAUCAUGGAUCAAGCGAAGUACUGUGCUCAGAUUGAUGAGAUCAAAUAUGAGUCCCGCGACGAAGAAAGCCUGGCCACGAAGGAGGAGGUUGCUCAGCUAAGAGCGGCCAUGGGUGCUCUGCAGUGGCGUGCUUACAGUACCGCGUCCCAAUUGAUGAUGCAACUGAGCAUGCUUCAGUCUUCUGUGAACAAGGCGACGGUGAAAACCUUGAAGCUGGCAAACAAAUUGGGGCGAGAAGCUUAUCAUGGGCGCUUCUUACACAUGAAGGUCACGGACCUCGAUGGGAUCCCGCCGGAGGACGUCUGCUUCGUGGCGUGGUCUGACGCUGCCGUUGGAAACCGGCCUGACUUUGGGAGCACAGGCGGGCACCUGGUGUGUGCCACCACUCCUGGCAUGCUUCGUGGAGAGCAUGCUCCAGUGACUCCAGUGAGUUGGCGAAGUGCGAGGCUGAAGCGCGUCGCACGCUCCAGCUUGGCGGCGGAGACCCAAGCAGCGUCGGAGGCCGAGGAGGAGCUGAUGCUGGUCAGGCUCCAAUGGAAGGAGAUGCUGGGAUACAGCGUUGAUCUUCAGGACCCUGGCAAAGAGAUCCAAACGGUCCCGGGCGCCCUUGUGACGGACGCCAAGAGCCUCUACGACGUCUUGCGGAAGGACGACCUGAACUCCGCGGCCGGUGGUUUGAGCGAGAAGUACAGUGCCUUGGAGCUGUUGUCCUUGAGUGAACGUGUUCGCGAGGGCAAGACGGUGAUCCGCUGGGUCAACAGCGACGCUCAAGUUGCAGAUGCACUGACGAAGCCUGCCAAGCCGGGAGCACUUCACCAACUUCUCCAGACAGGUCGCUGGCGCCUCACCUACGACCCAAACUUCACUAGGGCAAAGCGUCUGAAACAGCAGCCGUAG